AUGUGCUGGCAGAUCUGUCGUACCUAUCAAGACUGUCCCCACAUGUACCGAUAUGACUAUGGAAAGUGUAGCGAUGCUAAAGCUCGUUCGAAUCAACAUUUUUGUGUUGGUCCGGAUGGCACUAUGCGCUCCCUCGAACGAACAAUUGAUCUUGCGCAGCACAAACACCCUUCAGCUCUGAGGGUUCACAUAUGGGGCUUGUUGAGUAGUAAAGGUAUCCUUCCCUCCAGCUGCCGCGAUAUCGAUAUCUUCACUCCCUCUUAUGUCUAG